AUGUGGGGUUGGUUCAAACCGUUUACGGAUGCAAUUAAGAUAUUUACUAAAGAGCAGACCUUGCCUUUAAUAUCAAAUUUCAAUUUGUAUUAUUUUCCCUCCUGUUAUAAAUAUUUUAUCUUUGUUUUUGUGGAUUUGUAUACCUUUUUUUCUAGGUUAGGUGUUUAUACUGUAAUAUUAGCAGGUUGGGCUUCUAAUUCAAAUUGUGCUUUGUUAGGGAGGUUACGUGCUGUGGCUCAUACAAUUUCAUAUGAAAUUUUAUAA